AUGUCUGACAAAAGUGACUUAAAAGCUGAGCUGGAGCGAAAGAAGCAGCGGUUAGCCCAGAUCAGGGAGGAGAAGAAACGGAAGGAAGAGGAACGGAAAAAGAAAGAGGCUGACCUGCAGCAGAAGAAGGAGCCGGCUCAGGAAGAUUCGGACUUGGACCGUAAGCGGAGGGAGACCGAGGCGCUGCUUCAGAGCAUCGGCAUCUCGCCGGAGCCGCCGCUAGUGCAGUCGCUGCAUUUUGUAACAUGGGAUACCUGUUAUUUUCAUUAUUUAGUCCCAACCCCUAUGUCUCCCUCCUCGAAAUCAGCGAGCACACCUAGCGAGGCCGGCAGCCAAGAUUCCGGAGACCUGGGACCGCUGACCAGGACCCUGCAAUGGGACACUGACCCCUCAGUGCUGCAGCUCCAGACAGACUCAGAAAUUGGGCGGAGACUGCAUAAGCUUGGUGUGUCCAAGGUGACUCAAGUGGACUUCUUGCCCAGAGAAGUAGUAUCCUACUGCAAGGAGACACAGACCCCACUGGACACACACCAGUCAGAAGAGAGAGAGAGAGAGAGAGAGAUUCUUGAGAGCAAAGAAAUUGAGCGCAGCUCCCUGGAAUCAUGCCCCAAAGACCAAGAGAUCCAGGCUGCCCCUCCCAGGGAGCUGACGGAGGAGGAAAAGCAGCAGAUCCUGCACUCGGAGGAGUUCCUCAUCUUCUUCGACCGGACCAUUCGGGUCAUCGAGCGCGCCUUGGCCGAAGACUCGGACAUCUUCUUCGACUACAGCGGCCGGGAGCUGGAGGAGAAGGACGGGGAUGUCCAAGCCGGGGCAAACCUUUCCUUCAAUCGCCAGUUCUAUGAUGAGCAUUGGUCAAAGCACCGGGUGGUCACCUGUAUGGACUGGUCUCUCCAGUACCCAGAGCUGAUGGUGGCAUCUUAUAACAGCAAUGAGGAUGCGCCCCACGAGCCUGAUGGAGUGGCCUUGGUCUGGAACAUGAAGUUCAAAAAGACUACACCUGAGUACAUUUUCCACUGCCAGUCUUCAGUGAUGUCCGUCUGUCUAGCGCGCUUCCAUCCCAACCUGGUGGUGGGUGGUACCUACUCUGGCCAGAUAGUCCUCUGGGAUAACCGCAGUCACCGGGGGACGCCAGUGCAGCGGACGCCCUUGUCUGCAGCUGCACACACGCACCCCGUCUACUGUGUCAAUGUGGUAGGCACCCAGAAUGCUCACAACCUCAUCACUGUCUCCACCGAUGGCAAGCUGUGCUCCUGGAGCCUGGACAUGCUCUCUACACCACAGGAGAGCAUGGAGCUGGUGUACAACAAAUCCAAACCGGUGGCUGUCACAGGGAUGGCCUUCCCCACAGGAGAUGUCAACAACUUUGUGGUGGGCAGCGAGGAGGGCACGGUCUACACAGCCUGCCGUCAUGGAAGCAAGGCUGGCAUUGGGGAGGUCUUCGAGGGACACCAAGGACCAGUGACAGGAAUCAACUGCCACAUGGCUGUGGGCCCCAUUGACUUCUCUCACCUCUUUGUCACCUCCUCAUUCGACUGGACAGUCAAGCUGUGGAGCACCAAGCACAACCGGGCUCUCUACUCCUUUGAGGACAACGCCGACUAUGUCUACGACGUCAUGUGGUCCCCUGCGCACCCCGCGCUCUUCGCCUGCGUGGACGGCAUGGGUCGCUUGGAUCUGUGGGACCUGAACAGCGACACUGAGGUCCCAACGGCUAGUGUAGCUGUGGAGGGGGCCUCUGCCCUCAACCGUGUCCGCUGGGCCCAUACUGGCAAGGAGGUGGCCGUGGGGGAUUCCGAAGGCCGCAUCUGGAUCUACGAUGUGGGAGAGCUCGCUGUUCCUCAUAACGAUGAAUGGACCCGGUUUGCUCGGACCCUGGUGGAGAUCCGAGCCAACAGAGCGGACAGCGAGGAGGAAGGGGCCGCGGAACUGGCUGCCUAGAGAAGAGCCGGGCCGGCCCGGGCUGCCUCGCCGGCGGUGGGCGCACGCCCAUUCUCCCGCAGGGCAGGGCGUCUGCCUUUGGGGAGUCUCCCCGUGUCCUCCGUGGAUCUGGUGUUACUGUGGCUUGCUUCGCGUGCUCCCUGCAUUCAUUAAAGCAUCCGCCCACCCCGCGCCUCGUGAGCCUAGACCAGCCAGAGCAUUCCUAGACUUUAUAUUUAUGUCUCCCAAGUCAAAAGCCGGGAAAAGGGAAACUAAACCUUUAUGGAUUUUAUGGUUGCCGUGUUUAAGAGCUAGGAGCCGGGAUCCACCCGGAGCUCCCGGGAGCCGAGUGGGAAGGAUCGUGUGCGGCUGCGGCGCGCUGCGCCCGCCCGGGGCGAGGUCCUUGGGGACGCCUUAGGAAUGUGCUUCCCGCCCCUCGCUGCUCCUUAUUUAU